UUCCCCCAAAGAUUUUCUUCAUCUUUGUAGCAACUUCAGAAAGAGAUAUAAACUACCCAAGUUUUUUGCCAUUGCAAUCUCUGAAUGGCUCUGUUUUUCAAGAUCAUUUGCUGGUAAAUAGAAGACCCAAGAGUUAAUUUUUGGAGUUUGGAGAGGAUUGUUCAUAUUUCUUUCUCUGCGGUUUUGCAGGUGAAUUAGUUGAAUUCGCGUGUUUUUCAUUUUGCUUGAUACUGAAGGAAUUUUGUAGAGUUUUGGAGUGAUGGGAGGAAAGAAUUCUAGGGAAGUAGGUCAAAGAGAGUUUGGUUCAUAUGGGUCUGGCAAUUCUUCAACAUGGGAUCAAUACAAUUAUCCUCCACCAUCACCAUCACCAUAUGUUCAACAAUAUCCAUAUACAGAACCCUCUGGAUAUGGCUCACAAACUCCACAACAACCACGGAGAAGGCUUGACAGAAAAUAUUCAAGAAUAGCAGAUAAUUACCAAUCCUUGGAUGAGGUGACCGCUGCUCUUGCUAACGCUGGACUUGAGUCAUCUAAUCUCAUUGUAGGAAUUGAUUUCACGAAAAGCAAUGAGUGGACAGGUUCCAGGUCGUUUAAUCGACGUAGUUUACACCACAUUGGAAAUGAGCCGAAUCCGUACGAGCAAGCUAUAUCUAUAAUAGGGCAAACGUUAUCAGCUUUUGAUGAGGAUAACUUGAUUCCGUGUUUUGGAUUUGGUGAUGCAUCAACCCAUGAUCAAGAUGUUUUUAGCUUCUACCAUGAUGAUAGGAUAUGUAAUGGAUUUGAGGAAGUCUUGCAUCGUUACAGGGAAAUUGUUCCCAACUUAAGACUUGCAGGUCCUACAUCUUUUGCACCAAUAAUUGAGAUGGCCAUGACAAUCGUUGAGCAAACUGGUGGUCAGUACCAUGUUUUGCUGAUAAUUGCCGACGGGCAGGUCACAAGAAGUGUUGACACACAUAAUGGUCAACUGAGUUUACAAGAACGAAAGACAAUCGAUGCAAUUGUAAGGGCGAGUGAGUACCCUUUGUCGAUAAUCUUCGUUGGUGUUGGAGAUGGACCUUGGGAUAUGAUGAAAGAAUUUGAUGAUAAUAUUCCAGCUCGAGCUUUCGAUAAUUUUCAGUUCGUCAAUUUUACUGAGAUAAUGUUGAAAAAUGUAAACAAUGUGAGAAGGCAGACAGAGUUUGCUCUUGCUGCACUGAUGGAAAUACCUUCUCAAUAUCAGGCAACUCUAGAGCUUGGCAUAUUGGGAAGACAAAGAGGUAGUUCACCAGAAAGAGUACCUCUUCCUCCUCCUCUGUACAGUGCAACAUCUUCAAGUGGCUACCCGAGAACCCCGUGCUCCAACAGUUUUCAGACCAGAACACCUUCGCUUGGUAGAUACAACCAAGGAGUUGGCACAAAUCCAUCCUCUAGUUCUCCUUAUGACAACCAGCUUUGCCCCAUUUGUAUCACUAAUCCAAAAGAUAUGGCUUUUGGUUGUGGCCAUAUGACAUGUUGCGACUGUGGAGAAAAUCUCGAGUUGUGCCCCAUAUGCCGAAGCUUUAUCCAGACUAGAAUAAGACUCUAUUAAGUCUUGCCAUGCAGUACAAAUGUAUCGCUUAACCUAUUUCUUGGUUCCUUGAAACUAACGUUGAAGGUCAAGGUUUCAACACAAUUUUGAGGGUGUACAUUACCAAAUUGUCUUGAUUGUGUUUUGAACCUACCCCUUUUAAUGACAGUUUCAAUGGCAUCAGUAUUGCUCUCUA